GCAGUCUCCUUCCCGGAUCACUCAGAGAUGGCUGUGAAAGUCUGCAGAUCUGUGCUGCUGCUGUCCCGGAGCAGCGGAGCGGGGGCCGGCAGCCUCCCCGCACUUGUUGUCUCUUCACAGCGACACCACCAGCACCUGAGACCGCAGGAGGUUCUGUCUGCUUCUUUCUCCCGUCAGACUGUGAGGAGAGCACAUGUCCUACGGUCAGCCGCCCACUCCACGCUCUUCAGCCAGCCUCCCACUGCCCUGUCUCCACAGAUUUGGAGGGGCGCCCCCUCAUGGCACGGCCAGAGACUGUUGUGUACCUCCGCUGCUCCAGAGGAGGUGACGGUGGUGUAUCAGAACGGGCUGCCGGUGAUCUCGGUCAGUUUGCCGUCCAGGCGAGAGCGCUGUCAGUUCACCCUCAAGCCCCUCAGCGACAGCGUGGGAGUCUUUCUGCAGCAGCUCCAGGCGGAAGACAGAGGCAUCGACCGGGUAGCUAUCUACUCCACGGAUGGAGCGAGGGUUGCCUCCUCCACAGGCAUAGACAUCCUGCUGCUGGAUGAUUUCAAGCUCGUCAUUAACGACACCACACACCUCGUGCGGCCACCCAGGAGAGAGCUGCUGCCCCACGAGGAAGCAGAGAGGCUGAAUGAUGUCAAGUUCCUGGUGCAGCAGCUCUACACCACCCUGCGCAUCGAGGAGCACCAGCUCGGGAAAGAGCGGGAGCUGAUCUCACGACUGGAGGAACUCAACACUCAACUCCGCCCCCUGGAGAAGGUAAGGGAUGAAUUGGGUAGGAGGGCAGAGCGACGCACCACCUGGCUGAUGUGGGCCGGCAUGGCGUACAUGGCCACCCAGUUUGGCAUCCUGGCCCGGCUCACCUGGUGGGAGUACUCCUGGGAUAUCAUGGAGCCCGUCACCUACUUUAUCACUUACGGCACGGCCAUGGCCAUGUACGCCUACUACGUGCUGACACGCCAGGAGUAUAUUUACCCUGAUGCUAGAGACAGACAGUACCUGCUGUUCUUCCACAAGGGGGUGAAGAGGACACGCUUCGACAUUGAGAAGUACAACAAGCUGAAGGAUGACAUCGCUGAGGUGGAGUUGGAUCUGAAGCGUCUCCGGGACCCGCUCCAGCUCCAGCUCCCGGUUAAGCAGCUCACCGACAACAACAAUUGAUGGGAAAAGUGACCUCCUCCUCCUCCUCCUCCUCCUCCUCCUCCUCCUCCUCCUCCUCUCCCUCUUCCCUCUUGCCGUCCAGCCCCCGCCUCCUUCUCCUCUUACCCUCAAACAAACUCCUCAGACCUUCCCCCCUCCCUCCCUCCCUCCCUCUCCCACGCCCGGUAUUCCCAUCCCUCUCUCGACCGUGGGAGUUAGUUUUUUCUUUCUUUUCUUUUUCUUUUCCUUUUUUUCUUUUUACUUUCCUGACUGAAUCUCCAGUUGGAAUUGCAAGUGAAAACCGCAGAAAAGACGACGCAGCAGGACGGUGAGAAAACCAGGAACUGUUAAACUCUCACAGGAUGGUGAGGAUGAUUCAAAGGGACUAUGAUGAUGAUGAUGAUGAAGAUGAUGAAGAAGAAGAUGGAAUUAAAGUGGGCACUGUGGGUAUGUCUCAAGUCUCCGGAGGGACAGCCUGCAGGGGGCAAUCACUCGUCUAGACACUCCAGAAGAGAGGACACACAGAGGGGCAGGUACUGCUGAGUGUGUGUGUGUGUGUGUGUGAAGGACACUCAGGACACACUGGGACACCGACCCAUGGCCACUCAGCGGGUCCACACACAGUCCUGCUGCCUCAUGCAGUCAAACUGUCACACACUCACCUGCAGUGCUGACGGUCGGGGCGGGCUUUAUUUAACACGUUAAAGUUUACAAGGAAGUCCUGACAGUCCUGCAGUCCUGCAGUCCCCCCAUCAGGAGGACCUUCAUCUUCCUGUGGCUGAACUGUGCUGCCUCCCUCUCCUAGGCCACGCCUCCUCCAGGUGACGGACAGCUGUCCCUCCCCGGUGUGACCUCUGUCAGGAGUCCGUCUGGACUCACAGGAUGCAGGAAUAGCAACGCCUCCUUUCCUCUUCCUGUUGACGUCCUGUAGCGGCCCGGUCUGUCUGCGCAAGUAUGAGAGAGUACUACCGACAACAACAUCACUGUGUGUUCUUUUAUUCCAAAAAAAAUAUUUUGGCACUUUUUAUUUUGAAAGCCAUAGUAUAUUUGUUAUGAAAAGAUUAUAAAUAUAUAUAUGUAUACAAUCAAAUAAACAGAUGACCAGAGGCUAGUUUUUUCAGUGGGGGGAGGAACUCUCAAACAAAACCAUCCAAAACUCAUCCAGACCCUCUGAAGACCUCCUGCAAGAAGGCCCGCUGUAGGCCCGCUGCUCCACAUACUAACACUCAAAAACAAAGAGCUUUACACUGUACACACUUACCUCCAUCACAGUACUCUCAUAGAUUUCAUGACAACAUCCAAAUAUAUUUCACAGAGCAUGUUGAAGCAGUGAGAACACAGCUCUGAUUGGAGAUUAAAA